AUGUCCUCUCCCAAAGUAGCCAUUGCCGGUGCAAGCGGCAACCUCGGCCCCAGCAUCGUGCAGGCACUCGUUGAUGCCGGAAUCGAAGUCACAGUCCUCACACGCCAGGACAGCAACAAGACCAUCGACAACAACAAAGUCAAAGUCAUCCCCGUCGACUACGACUCGCGCGAAUCCUUGGAGACCGCCCUGCAGGGACAGGACGUCGUGGUCGACUCCCGGGCCAUCCUCCCCAGCGAGUCGACCAUCCGGCUGAUCGACGCGGCGAUCGCCGCGGGCGUCACCCGCUUCAUCCCCUCCGAGUUCGGCACGGACACCCUCAACCCGCUCAACGAAGCCCUACCCGUCUUCGCCAACAAGGUCGCCCCGCGCAAGUACCUCGAGCAGAUCGCCCAGACCUCCCCGCUGAGCUACAGUCUGCUGUUCACGGGCCCGUUCCUGGAUCUGGGCCUGCGCUCUGGGUUCUUGGUGAAUCUUGCGGGCCCGGUCGCGGAGCUCUACGAUGGCGGGGACCAGAAGGUCAGCAGCACCACGUUGCCGGGCAUCGGGCGGGCAGUCGUCGGGAUUGUGAAGAAUCUCGAGGCCACGAAAAAUGCAGCAUUGUAUGUGAGCGAGGUGGAUGUCACGCAGAAGCAGUUGAUUGCGCUCUCCGGGAAGACGCUGGAGACCAAGGUCGUGGCUACCGAGGAGCUGGAGCGGAUUGGACGCGCGGAGUUGACCAAGCCUCAGCCUCAUCCUGGCAUCGUGGCGGUCAAUUUAAUCCGUCGGGCGCUGUUUGGAGAGGGGUAUGGGAGUCUGUUUGACGAGCAGAAGCUCGCGAAUGAGUUGCUGGGGUUGAGGAGGUUGACGGAGGAGGAGCUGCGGGAGUUGGUGACUAGUGUUUGA